GGAUAACACAGACACUCGGCUACGCUGUUAUGUGGUGCACGCGCUGGUUCAUACCACUCCUCCUGCUGCCACUUCCGGCGGCACCACCAUAUUUUCUACUCAUUUACCUCUUAACAUUGACACUUCAUGCAAGACCGUGCUUCUACUGCAUCAUCUUGCUCACGGCGCUCUUCAUCUCGUCAUGCUACUGGCAACCUAUCCCGACCAACUCACUUCUCUCGAACCCAAUCUCGGCGACCACUCUCCUCUCUCAAUUCCUGCCUGAUAUGUCCUACUCUGAAAAUGGUACACUUGCGCCGUCAUUGUUGUCGCUCAAUGGAACUAUCGUGACCACAUUUGCCGAUGCUUUUGCCCUUCCCAUUGCCGCUCUUUCCUUUCCGUCCGACCUCCCUACCCUUCCAACAUCCCUUCUGGCAAAGUUGCCGUCGUCAUUCUUUCAAACGUAUCCUGAACUCACGCUGACGACCGAGUUCGACACGCCGAACCAUGAGCUACGAUUGGUUCCUGCACCAGGUUCGCCAGUCACGCAAGAGUUGCAGAAGGUGGAAAGCCCUGCGGUGAUGAGGUUAUUGGACAGGUGCUGGUGUGACGUCGCUGGAAAUGAUGGCGGGUAUCGCGGAGCCGAGAGAAAAGGGAAGAGGGAUAGGAAGAGAAGAGGUCUUUGGGAUGUAUUUGAUGUGUCAGAAUGGGAGUUGGCUAGUGUGGCGCGAGCGAGGGAAGAAGUCAGCAGGGAGAAGAAGUCGAGACUGAGGAAGAUUGAGCAGGACUGGAGGAAUGCUAUUGACGUGGCGAAGCAGGGAGAGGAAGAUCUGGUAAAGGAGGAUCCAGAAGUUCGAGACGAAGUUGUGGUCUUGGACACCAGCAACGAGACGACGACGUCACGGGCCAACUCGACUGAGAGCGAGGCUGUAAUAACAGCCAAGAGGCAGUGGCGUACACGAGGUGGGCUCUUCGACAACCUUUUGCCUUUCUUCUCCAGAAGAAAGCCUGAGGAGGAGGUUUUUAUUCUGCCAGACGCUGCAUCAUCGCCAUCCUCUUCGUCAUCUCCCUCACACGACCGAGGAAAUCUCGCAGGGUCCAAAUCGGAAUCUGGACCAGUGCCAGAGCAUGACUUUGAUUCUUCACCGAUGGAGUCGCUGCCACCAUUACCUCUUCUUCGACGAGAGUACGAUCUUCGACCGUACGGCUUCGCCAUGGUCAUUGACUUCGGUUGGUCGAGCCCUUCACGGUCGCCAGCAUGAUAUAUAUACUGUACUACCUACACGUUAUUUGCCAACCUACUUAUCCACGCGUUGCAUUUUAUCACAACUC